AUGACCAAGUCUUUUUUGAAUAAACUUGGAGGAAAAUUGCUACAAGCUCGUCGAGCUAAUUCUACUAUCUCUACUCUGGGUUUAUUAUCCAAGGAAGAACAAGCAGCGGAAGCUAUUGCUUCCUUGGAAGAGGAAGAAGAACAACCUUUUGUUGCCAUACACAAGAAACUCAGGCUUACUGAGGAAGUUCCCUUUCGUGACACUUUUGGUACUUUUGUGCAGAUCCCCAUUAUUCCUUCACCUAUUUCUUUUGAGAGAGGUAAAGAACCAAUGCCUCCUACUCACAUUGUCUCCAACCUUUCUCUUAAUAUGAUAAGACCAGGUCUACUUAUUCCUUCCUCUUCUGUUAUUGUUUCAGCUACUUCUGCUUCUCAAAUGGCUACUACUACUUCUGCAUCUUCUCAACCCCUCUCCUUGGCCUUACCUCUUCUGACUUCUGUACCACAAGCUAAAAGAACACCUUGCAGGAGAUCUUCUCCGAGUCCAGGACCAUCGACUAUCCGUGCCUCAACAACUGAAUCCACUUUCAUUACUUUGCCAUCUUCCAUCCCCUCUAGCUUUUCCUCUGUUGUUCCCAUUUCUACUACUCCCUCUCCUUCUCUUCCUUCUUCUUCCACCUGGCCUUCUUCACCUUCUAUCCCUCCACCUCUAUUUAGGCAAGCUAUAGGUCUGACCUCCCAGAUGGGACAAGCUUCAGAUCCUCCUAGUUACGAUUUUCUACAGCUACAAGGUCCGUUGGCUGAGCCUUGGCAACAUAGCCAAGAGCUGUUAAGGGGCACCGGUAUUUCAAACCGCGUUGACAGUCAUAGUCGUCAAGCUAUUGUCUUCCUUGCCUCAAGUCUUCAUGUAGACCAGCUACUCAUUGCUCUGGAAAGGGACAAUAGCAAGUUAAAAGCUCAAGUAGAGGCACUGAAAACCAAUCUUCCUCCCUCACACAUUGAGCUUACUCAAUUACAAGAGAAGAUACCUUCACCGACUCAACAAAUAGAGGCUAUGAAAAAGGAAUUACAGCAUCAGCAUCAGCUACAGGUGGAUCGGUUAAAUUCUAGCCUCCAGGUAGAAACUGCUUUGAAAGAUGAAGCUAUUUCAGAUGUUUCUCAUAAGAACACUGUUUUAGAAAAAGUGGAGAGGCUUCACAAUAUCUUCCUUUCUGAUCAGGCGCAAGAUUCAGCCUCGAAAGAGUUUGCACUUCUACAAGAGCAAGAACAAAGAAAAACUCAGGAUGCAGAGAUAUCCUCACUCCAAAAGGAACUAGAACAGCUUAAAUUGGAGAGAGACACUCUCAAAGAUCAGAAUAUUAAACUACAAACUGAAUUUCAAAGUUACAAGGAGCAAGAGGAAGACCGAUGGGAAGAUAGACGCUUAACUUAUCUAAGGUCUCCAGCGUUUGUUAACGAAUAUGUUCGUCGAAUCAUAGGGACUCUAAAUCAUUCUGUGACAGGGGUUAUCCAGCAAUUGAGGGAAGGUGGUUAUCUAUCUCGAGAACCUCCCUCUCUAUUCAUAAACCAUCGCAGACUUAACCAGGAAUUAUCCGAAAAUUUGAUGAGCCAUUUUGAGUAA